AUGCCACAUUUCCUUCGUCUACAAGCUGCCGGGCCGUACCCAGUCUCGAUGGCUUCGGACUCGGAAGCGGACUGGCGACUAAAGCCGCCGUACAAACCACCCGGUGGCGGAAGCCAGUUUCAGCGCGCGAUCCGCGGCUCGUGUCAUUGCAAGAAAGUUGUAUACUGGAUAGGCAGUCACCGGCCAUUGGCGUCCAAGUUUUGCCACUGCCCAGACUGUCAAGUGAUGCACGGUAAGGCCUCUGCCGGCCGGGUGCUGCUCCCUGGAACUGAUGUAUCUAUCCGCGAGAAACCAGGCGCCCCGUUUCAGUGGGCUGCCAUCUUUCAAAAGUCCGACGUAGCUUUCGAGACGGGGGCGGAAUACCUCAAGUUUUACCACUCCGCUACCAAGGAGACUCGUCACAAGCUCCCUUGCAAAGUUGGCUGUGUGUUUUGCGGAUCACACAUCAUGGAUGAAGGGAGGAACACGGCGCUUGUAUUUCCGCCGUUGCUGUCAUUGACCGCUGUGCAAAGACAAAACUUUGAGGUCCAGUGA